AUGAAUUCGUACUUCGUGAACCCGCUGUACUCCAAGUACAAGGCGGCGGCCGCGGCGGCGGCGGCGGCGGCGGCGGCGGGCGAGGCCAUCAAUCCCUCUUACUACGACUGUCACUUCGCGCCCGAGGUCGGCGGCCGCCACGCCGCCCUGCAGCUCUAUGGCAACAGCGCGGCCGGCUUCCCGCACGCGCCCCCGCAGGCGCACGCGCACCCGCACCCGUCCCCGCCGCCCGCUGGGCCCGGGGGCGGCCCGGGCCCGGGCCCCGGCCAGGACUACUUCCAGCCCGGCGGGGGCAGCGCGGCCGCUGCCUACCAGGCCGCCCCCCCGCAGCCUCCGCCUCCGCCGCCGCCUCCCCCCUGCGGCGGGAUUGCCUGUCACGGGGAGCCCGCGAAGUUUUACGGAUACGAUAACUUACAGAGACAGCCGAUUUUUACGACCCAGCAAGAGGCCGAGCUGGUACAAUAUCCUGACUGUAAAUCGUCCAGUGGUAAUAUUGGCGAGGACCCAGACCACUUAAAUCAGAGCUCGUCUCCUUCUCAAAUGUUUCCCUGGAUGAGAGCACAAGCAGCUCCUGGUAGACGAAGAGGAAGACAAACCUACAGUCGGUUCCAAACCCUAGAGCUGGAAAAGGAAUUCCUUUUUAACCCUUAUCUGACCAGGAAAAGAAGAAUCGAGGUUUCCCACGCCCUAGCCCUCACGGAGAGACAGGUAAAAAUCUGGUUCCAGAACAGGAGGAUGAAGUGGAAAAAGGAGAACAACAAGGACAGAUUUCCCAUUUCCCGACAGGAGGCGAAGCACGGGGAGACCAAAGAGGAGGCUGGGGAGCUGGAGGAAGACGGGGCUGGAGGCCCAGCAGAUUAACUUCCACCUUCCAAGUUUUAUCGCAGACUGUUAAAACGAAUGGCCAGCAUUGCUGGCGGGCCCCACCUGUGGUCUUCGUUGGAAAAGAGCUUACCUGUGUUGCAAGCUACCUUCAUGCCACUGCUCUUGAGAUUUCUGCGCUUUGAAAGGAAUGUGGGUGUUUUUAAAGUUUCUAGUAUCGCAUAGAAGCAGUCCUUGAGCUGUCCUAUGAAAGGGUAAUUUGAUACUGACCUUGUAGCCAUAGUUUUUGUAAUGAUAGUUUUUAAGUCUGAACUGGCGAUUUUCCUCAACAACGUAAACUUCCUAAUGAUUAGCACUAAAUAAUUGAGUAUAAAAUGCUUUAUUAAUCAAUCAAGUGCACUUGAACAUUUUAAAUCGUUUCUUUAUGGUGAGUAAAUUAAAGUAAGUCUAUUAAUUUUAAAAAGAAUUAUGCCUGCAGAAUAUGUACUUUAUAUUAUUUGAUUAAAACAUUAUUUAUGGUUUUCUCUUUCUGCUUUUAUAAUGAAUGGUUCGGGUGCCUUUUGUUUACUUGUAAAAGGGUGUUUUGUUU